AUGAAGAUGUAUAUGAUCCCCAGCCACCGCGAUCCACACCCCUACAGCUCACAUGACCCACUUCGGGGAACAACUGGUAUCAUCGACAACAGACACAGAUCCUUAAACAAGUACAAUUUCAGCGAAAUCCCCACAGUGAUAAUAAAUCUCAUCCGCUCGUAUAUCAAGCUAAAGACCAGAAAAAGAAGGAUACCGCCAUCCGCGGAAGAGCUGGAGCGUAUAGCGCGGGGAUAUAUUGUUACAACGGGUCUUGAUGGAUUCUUCCCCCCAGGAGAGAUACGUUUGAAGGAAUUAGCGGCUAGAGCCGCGUCGCUGGCAAAGAAAUCGUCACGCCAGGAAGGCCUUUCCGGACCUAAGCAGAUCAAAGAUCUUAUGACGCUCGGGCUGUACCAGACUGUGAUAUAUCUCGAUGAUAGCGGCUCAAUGAACAGCGGCAGCCGAAUCCAAGAUAUGAAAAAGGUUGUCAAGCGCAUCGUCAAUAUCGCUACCAAAAUCGAUCCUGAAGGCAUCAGCAUACGGUUCAUGAAUGCCAGAGAUGACAGCAGACACAACCAUAUCUGCAGGACGAGCGAAUCGCGAGAGAUCAUGGGGAAGGUGACCUUUGGCGGACUGACGCCACUGGGCGAGAUGCUGAGGAAGAAGAUACUGGAUCCUAUGGUAUACGACGCGGUGAGAAGCAAGAAUAUGACAAGACCGCUUUUGGUUAGUGUGAUCACAGAUGGAAAGCCAUACAAGGAGCCUGUAGAAACGUUCAAGGAGGAAAUCCUCGAGUGUAGGAGAUUUCUGUUGCGGAAAGGGUUCCCGGAGAACGCCGUUCUGUUCCAGAUCAGCCAGAUAGGCGACUCAAAGGACGCUGCAAAGUGCAUCAAAGGGCUGGAUAGAGAGAGAGAUCUUAGGAGCAUUCUUUAUUGCACAUCACAAACACUCGAUGUGCAGUUGUCUUAUUAUCGGAGGAAGAAGAGGGACAUGGAGAAGUGGCUACUGAAGACACUCACAUACCCGAUGAAUUCAUAUGGAGACAGGAGGAACGCCAAGUAA